UGCUGCUUCUGGUUGAACCCGUCGACCAAAUUCGCAGGAUGCCGCUCGAUGUCGACGAAUGCCUUGAAACUCUUAAGUCGGGUGAGUGCGUUUCCGAGAAUUCGCUCAAGCUGCUCUGUCAGGGCGUUUCGGAAUUGUUGACCGAAGAAUCAAACGUCCAGCCCGUCCUCAGCCCCGUGACGAUUGUUGGCGAUUUACAUGGCCAAGUAUUCGAUCUGCUGAAUCUCCUCAAAGUUGGCGGGUGGCCUCCAGACACACGCUAUAUUUUCCUUGGAGACUUCGUUGAUCGUGGACACAAUUCUGUCGAAACCUUGUCUCUCUUAUUGGCCCUCAAACUCAAAUAUCCGGGGCAUAUUACUUUGCUGCGAGGAAACCACGAAUCUCGGCAAGUGACACAAGUUUACGGCUUUUACGAUGAAUGCUUGCGAAAAUACGGAAACGCGUCGCCUUGGCGGCACUGUGUUACAUGCUUUGAUACCUUUGGUAUAGCCGCGCUGAUUGACGAACAGGUGCUUUGUGUGCAUGGUGGCCUGUCGCCAGAUGUCCGUACAUUGGAUCAAGUAAGAGCAAUUGACAGAAAUCAAGAAAUCCCGCACGAGGGAGCCUUCUGUGAUUUAGUUUGGAGCGAUCCGGAAGACAUUAGUGUUGCUUGGCAAAUGUCACCCCGGGGUGCUGGGUAUCUUUUUGGCAAGCGUGUAACGGACGAGUUCCACGAAGUAAAUGGGCUUCAGUUGAUAGCUAGAGCGCAUCAGCUUGUCAUGGAAGGGAGAAAGUAUCAUUUUGAUGAUCGCCUAGUAACAGUUUGGAGUGCACCGAAUUAUUGCUACAGAUGUGGAAACGUGGCCGCUAUCCUGGAAAUUGGUGGCAAGCCUGGAAACGAUACUGAAGGCUUUGAAGGAAGCAUUCCGCAGAGAUUUCAGUUUUUCCGCGAAACAGAAGUGUCUAUGCAUGGACCAAAAGGCGAAGAGAGAGCCCAGUUGGUUCCGUAUUUCCUGUAGUUACAGUAGCUAACUGUUACUGUCAAAUUGGUCACUCGUAAAGUGGUUCAUAGCUAGGGAUGUUUCCUUUUCCAUCGCAGUCUACGCAUUUUAGCACUUGCUCCCCUUUGCAUCGAAAGCAAAAUCUCGCGUCCCUCAGUGGACCGCGAUCGGCUCUUUGGAUCUCCUCCAAGGUCGUCCAUCCUUUUCGCCACAAGCCUUUGUUCUUGAGCUCGUUAAGAGAUAUCCAUGAGUCCUUCACAUUCCCGCAAAUGUUGAUGAUGCGACAUUCCAGAGUUUCCUUUCUGGUGGAGCCCCUAGUCUCCACGAUUGUGUGUUGGCGGUGUCCGUUCCGGAUUUCCACCGAGGUCCAUUUGCUACCAAUCAGCCGAGAGGCUUGUAUCGUGUUUGUUUCGCGUUGGCCCGUUUGUCGAAUAACACCUCGGCCUUCACAGACUGUACAGCGUACCACCCCACGGCCGCGACAGCAUUCGCAGGAACGAGGAGGCCGAUUGAAGCGAAUGGGACCAUAGGGUGUGUCAACCCGAGCAGGAGUAGGUUCACGAAGUGCUUUGCGUUUUUCGCGGCGGAUUUUUUUCCCGCGUAGUCCCAUGAGUAGGCAUGUUGAUUCUCGAGUCGCAGCCUUAUGCAUGGUAGAAGGAUAUGGACCGGAUCUUUUUGGCCAAAGUUGGGAAUGGAGUACCCAUCCUUCCGUUAUUUUCUGCACUGCAAGGAGCGACAA